AUGUGUCGUCAGUUCAUUUGUUCAUGUGUCUCCAUUACGUUCCCUCAUUACCCUCUCGUCUGUCUGUUGAAAAGACACUUUCUCAAUUCCCUGACUACCCGCAGCCUCCGUUUCAUUCUAUCCUUCUCCCUCUCUCUCUCUGUCUGUCUGUCUCUCUCUCUCUAUAUAUAUAAUCUUUGCAAUCUAUCUAUCUAUUCAUCUAUCUAUCUAUCUAUAUAUUUUAAAGAAAAACAGACCAAUUUAAGGACAAUUCUGAGUCCCUUUCCUUUUAUACUUUCCUUUUUUCUAUCCUUCCUUUGCCUUUCAAAAUUCAUUUUCGUUUAUGCGUCUCCUUUCUUAUGUCAUCACUUUUUUGGUACUGUCUUUCGAUCUCAUAUUUCUUUUCCUAAUUUCAUUAUUCAUUCCACUUCCUUCUUGUUGAUUUGUUUCCUUAAUAUUUAUUCUUUAUAUAUUUUUUCGUUCUUUCUCUUAUUUCUAGUUCUUCUGUUUUUAUUUACUCUUCUCCAUAUUAUUUUCUUUCCUUUCUCAUCUUCUUUUAAACUUUACUUUCGUUUAUUCUUUUUUCAAUCCUUUUCCGUCAUUUGUCGCUCAUUUUGUCACUUAAUUUCUUCUUAUGAUUUCCAUCUUUUACUUAAUUCCUUUACUUGUCUGGUCUUUUUUGUGAUUUUUCUGUGUUUUUCGCUUAUCGAAACGUUUAUAAAUAUUUUUGCGAAUUAG